GAGGACACCAACGAUUUGCAAUAACCCCAACUUUCAUACUCAUGGGGUGUUGCAGCUCUACUUUACAAGAUCUUACAGUAGAGCUGUGAUAAUCGUUGGCGUCUCUCUUGUGUCUUCUCGUGUGGUUUGUUUAUAGAUUGUUUCUCUCUCUUCUGAACCUUGCCUUUGCUUUGUAAUAUUCCUCCUCUUGUUCAUACCCUGUUUAUAAAAUGUUUUUAGACUCUCACCUCAUAUCACCUUUUGUUUUUUUUUUCUUCUUUCCUCUCUGUUUCUCUCUUUGUGCUUGCCCUGCUUUUGUUGACUUCGGUCCUAUCAUUGUUGAAGGAGACAGGGGCACUUUCCCUGACAUGCCAACCCACCCAUGGAGCUUCUGUAUGAAAAUAGAAGAGACCCGGGUGAAUAUUAUGGCUAUUUGUUUUUCAUUUCAUCAUUUUGUCGUAUCAUCUUUGCCAAAAUCUUAUGUAAUUAAAUCACCUCCCCCAACUUGUAUGUAUUGAUCCCGCCUCACAUUCCUUUGAUCAUCAUUUUUUAUUGUACACUGUGAAAUAAAAAUUGAAAGCCCACCAACCUCUCCAAAAGGUGUCUGGGUCGCUCGCUCCCUAAUGGCAUGAUACAAAGUGGCAGGCAGUAGUACUUUUUUGGUUUUUUUUUUUCAUUUUCUGUCGAAAAAAUGCAAAUAAACGGAUGAUGAUAAUCGUAUUCUGUUGAGCAAUGUUUUC